UGUGGCGUGGGUAGUCCAGCUCUCUGAUCUCCACUUCAGCGUUUUCCAUCCAGAAAGAGCCCUUGAUUUCAGAAGGUUGGUGGGCCCCACACUUUCCAUGAUCAAUCCAUCUCUGGUCUUGAUCACUGGUGAUCUGACAGAUGGAAAAGGCAAAAAGGCUUGUUAAUCUUGAAACAAGAUGAGUCAAUAAAUUCCAUUCCCAUUUCUUUUUUCUCUUUCCUUUUUUAAUAAAAUUCUCCACUUUUUCAAAAAAGAAAAAAAUUAAAGAAAAUAAAGCAAAAAAAAUUAAAAAGAAAAGAAAGAAAGAAAGAUAGAUAGAAGGAAAAAAAAAUGAAAAUGAAAAGGAAAAAGAUGAGGACUGGAUAGAGUACAUAGCUGUAGAUCGUCCAUCUUAGAUAAAUUUUCAUCUUCUCUACUUUGUUCUUGUCUCUGACCAGAUGGGAAAAGCGCAGAUUUGUUGACAAUGAAACAAGAUGAGAAUGAGUGGGUGGAGUACCGCAGUGUGAUGGAGGAUGUUAUUGAAAGGAGUGGGCUUGACAAGAAAAUCUUCUAUGAUCUGAGAGGGAACCAUGAUAAUUUUGGUGUAUCUACAGUAGGUGGCAUGUUUGAUUUCUUUCAAAAGUAUAGUAUCAAUGCAGAUUUAAGACGAUCUGGAAAUGUCCAUAGUGUCACUCUACAGGGCAGCGGAUGGAAGCAUCUAUUUGUUGGGUUUGAUAGCACGAUGGGAGUUGGUCUGCGUGGCCCAACAAAUCUUUUUGGGCAUCCAACUGACCAAUUACUAGCAGAUCUAGAUUCAGAGCUUUCACAAUGGGAUUCCCAACCAAUUACAAAGAUUUCCUUUGGCCACUUUCCACUGUCCUUCUCAACUGCUUCAGAUUCUGGGAAGAGUCUAAAAGAUGUUUUCUUCAAGCAUUCCUUAUCAGCAUACAUCUUUGGGCAUUUACAUACAAAGUUCGGCAAGAAUUUGAAGCGGCAUCAUGUGAUGGGCCACCGCUUCUUAUCUUCAGAGGAGUAUUUUCAGCUAAACAUUCACCAAGAAACUUUAGAGAGUACUGCAGGUGGGAAUAAUUGUUCUAAUAAAGCUACACCCAUCAAAGAAUUUUGGGAGUGGGAGAUGGGUGACUGGAGAAUGAGUAGGAUUAUGCGGAUAUUGGCCAUUGACGCGGGCCAUGUCUCAUUUGUCGAUGUUGAUUUCAAAUCAGGUGCUAAGAAGACAAUUGUAUUGCCGACGUUUCCAUUGGAUUCACGGUUCAUGCAACGAAUUUCAUUCCGUAAUGAGUACAAUUGUCUGACAAUGAAUGUGGCAUCUUAUGAGACAGUAAGAGCAUUGGUAUUCUCAGAACCAGAGAUUGUAUCAGUCGUGGUUAAAAUAUAUGAUUCCAGACCUGGAACUCUCAACUUGGUACUGGAGGCAUCAAUGAAGAAGCAUGAGGGCAAUCGAACUCGAGGAGAUUUGUACACCAUCCCAUGGAAUUGGAGAGCAUUUGUGGACCCAUCUCCAGAUCGCUUUUGGCUGCAAAUAGAAGCAAUUGACUUCUCAGGCGGAUCCAGUUUUAGCGAAUUAAGGCCAUUUUCCAUCAAUGGCCUUACUAUGAAAAUCAAUUGGAGAUGGAAGGAGUUUCUAGUUAUGGGUUGUCACUGGGAUGCCUUGUACCAUCCAAUUUUGUGGUCUAUUCUUCUAUUUCUUUUCUCCUUGCUUCUUAUCCCGAAAGCUUUUCUCUUGGUUUCAAAGAAGCAUUACUCAUAUAAGGACCUCAGUUCUGAUUUCAAAGUAGGAAGUGUCACGAAAUGCUUAGUAAGCGGUUUAUGUGGGGUUUUAGUAGAGAUUUCAAAGAUCACAUCAAUAUGGUCUGGUAUGUUGAUUUACUUGCUAUACUUGACAUUCUUUCCUUGGUUCUUCGGGCAAGUUUUUACUGAAAGCGGAAGCAUGGGUUACAUGACCCAUGGGGGUUGGACUGUUAAGAUUCCCAACAAUAGUGGGAAACAAUCGCACAUUGGAGUUCCAGAUGUAAUGGUGAUUGUUCUGCCUCACCUUUGCUUUGUGGUGUUGCCGGCUUUCUUAGUUUCUGCGGGACUUGCUGCAGAAAAAGCUGCCUACCGAGUGCAUUAUCUAUCACAAUCAGGAAAAAAGGAAGAUGACUAUGAAAGACAGAUUAAGACACAUGUGAGGAACCGUUGGAUGAGGAAACUUCUCUUGAUGGUUUGCCUACCAAUUUUGUGGAAACAUUGGAAGCAUUGCUGGGCUCUGACAAAGGCAUAUGAAAUGAAUCCAUUUCUUCAUUCUGCUGCAUACUGCUUGCCAGUUCCCCUAUUACUCGCUCAUUCCAUCCAUAAGACCAAGGGAGCACAGAUUCAGUAGUGGAGCUCCUCGGGAGGGGAAGAUGACAGCCAUUGUACAUGGAGGAGUCAUAGAUGGUGAUUGGAACUGUUGAUAUGGUGUGCUAAUAACCAUAUACACAGCUUGUAGUCAAGACAGGGCAAGUGGAGAAUCCUAGCCAUCCUAUUUUACGUAGGGGAUAUGGCGGGUCACAGCGCACACUGCUCAUGGCCAAGAACAUGCACUGAUUGAACAGAUCCAUCCUAUUUCACCAAGAGGAAUUAUGUGAUCCUCUUGCAAGUGGGCCCAAUAACUUGAUGAUCCAGACUGUAUAUCUGAUUUUCUCUCACAAUGAACGGGCAUCAUCACAAAAAAUUCCAAUAUUGUGAGGUUGUAUGGUCCAAUCUCUAGUGUUGUAAUUCCUCAUAAACGUCUGUGGUCCAAGGUUAGAAACUUAGAAGGGCUAAGAUUGUUCAACCACCGGAAUUUUUCAUCUUUGGUGGGACCCAUUAAGUCACAAUUUGGAUAACAGAGGCAUUGCCCAACUUGUCCUAGCUCAGGACUCGAGAAAGGUUGUGCUUGUCCUUGAUUCUGUCCAUUUGAAUGAUAUUGUUGUGCUAAAAUAGUUUCAUAGUUUGCUAAUUUUGGUUAUGAAAUGUACUUGGGGGUGGCCACCAGAUCAA